GCAUCACCGGUGACUGCCUGCAGUGGCCGGACUCUGCUGGUGCCCUAGGUUAAUGCACUACUACCUGCAACAACCAAGGCCACCACCCUCUCAUACGAGGGGCAUUCGGAUUAGGAUGAUAAUGUUAUCAUUCGUUAGCUUCUGGCAACGCUUUGGUUGGAUAUCAAUUGGGCCCUUUGGGAAAUCGGCCAAGACGAAGGGAGCUUUGCUAUACCUUGAAAUACCCCUCCUCUCUCCUGUUUCAUUCAUUCUCUCCCCCUUCCUUUAUUUCCGCUUGAAGAAGACUUGAACUUUAUUUAUUGGACUCUUAUCACCUUGCAAUCAAUAAAUGAGCCGUGUGGGUGCCUUGCCUGUUACUUUGAAGCUACCACUGUGUCCCUGAGUUCCGAUAGUCUCUCUCGCUGGAGAUUCUUCACGGCGGGUCACCUCGUGCGUUUUGCAGACAUGCCUUUGUCUCAUCUAACCCUCACUGUCUCCAACCUUCCUACCUCCACAUCAUUCUUCCUCUCCUGUCUACAGCCCCUGGGAUAUAAGUUUAUCGGGCGUCACGAUGACUAUAUCGGGUUCGGACAAAACUCUGAUGAACCGGCCGAUUUUUGGAUUACAGAGCAAAAACCAGGAUUUCCCGCAGGGGCGGCGCAUGUAGCGUUCCCGGCACCGUCGAAAGAUGCCGUCAACUCCUUCUUCAUCUGUGCCCUGAAGGCCGGGGGAAAGAUCCAUGGCGAGCCCAAGGUCCGCGACUCGCAAUCCGGCUACUUUAGUGCUGCCAUCAUGGAUAUGGAUGGAAACAGCAUCGAGGCGGUAUACCGCCCCAGUCCUAGCAGUGGUAGCAGCUCCGUCAGCUCCGUGGCCAGGUCAGUCGUCAGCAAGCCGGCGUUGGCCCUGCUCGAGAACGGCUCUGUGGUUUCGAAAGCCACAUCCAGGGCCAGCACGAUCAGGACGGAGAGCAUUGCACCCCCCCGAUCUGAAGCCAGAUCCGAAGCCAGGUCUUAUGCCUCCAAGGCAGUUACCGCGAUAGAUCGAGGAGCUCCUUCGGAACGAGGAACGGUGGUCUCCACGCGGGAAAUCCAGCCGGCUCCCUCCCCGACAUAUGUUGUCCACCACACGACAAGCCACACCACGCAGCAGAGCGACGACGGCAAAACGGCCAAGACCAUUGUCGGCACGCUUAUUGGAGCCGCUGCAGGCGCCGCCCUGGCCUAUGCCAUGACCAAGAGUGACGCUGAUACCAAAGAAACAACCCCCUCCACGCCAGGGUGGUCCGCGCAGGACUUCCGUCAGCUUAUCUCCCCCUCCCAAGCCCCCUCCCAGAUCCAGCAAUCAUUCCAGCAAAUUCAACAACAACUCCAAGGCGCCCAAGGCUACCCUGCCCUCGAGCCGCCCCCGGCCAGAAGCACCUGCUCUCAAGCGGACUCGCGCCCUCACAUUCCUCGCAGCGUGAGCUCCAAGAACCCUCACGCCAGCACCAUCUACGAAGGCACCGAGUUCAUCCCCCGCGGCGCAGGAGGUAGCGUAUACUAUGACGAGAAUGGCCGCCGCGCCUCCGAUGGAAGCAUCUACAGCCCAAGCGAACUCCCCCUCCGCGCAAUCGAGUACCCCCCUGGCAUCGACUCCCAGGGCUACCCAGCAGACGUCAGCACCUUGAUCAGCUCCUUCCGCGAGAAAUCUCGGAUCUCGGACAAGGGCGGAAGUGUCUACUCCUCGGCCUCCACACUCAAGCCAUCCAAGGUCGGCGCCAACAACUCCUACUACCACCCGGACCAGCAAUCCGCCAUUAAUUCGUACCACUCCACCUCCAAGUCUCACGCGGGCCACAGCACGGCCUCGUCUACGCGCUCCGCGCGACAGGUCCCCCUUCCCGAGGGCUCCGUGGCCUCCUUCGCUUCGUACCGCAGCGGGGCCAAAUCCGCCGCCUUGUACGACGACGCCUUCGAAAUCCAAUCCCACGUCACCCCAGACGACUCCAUCAGCCAAGUUGGUGACCCUGCCGCCUCCUCCCGGCGAUCCUCUUACUCGCAUCGCUCCCAUGCUUCGCAUACCUCGCAUACUUCCAGACGUUCGAGUAAAUUCGACGAGCCAGUCCGGCCGAGUGACAGCGUCAGCCAGGUGUCCAGCCACGCUUCUAAGAUGUCCCAGCGUACCGUAAAGGCCAACGGCAGCAUUGCGGGCGGUGCUUCCCAGGCCGGUUCGAGAAUGAGCAGUGCGAGUGCGAGUCGGAGAGGAAGUCAAGUCGCGUAAACUUCUUUCCUUCUUUUCUUUUUUUUUUUUUUUUUUUUUUCCCCCUUGUUAUAGAUAUACAUACAUACGCACAUUCUCCAUGAUCCAUGCUAUCCGACAGAUUCGACCCAGUCAGACUCCGGCAGAAACAGAAACAAACCCCGAAAUUAUCGAACAAUGCUAUCGAUCUCUUCACCCUGUCAUCUUUACUACCCUUUACAUUCCAGGCAU